UCGUUUCAGUGUUGUGUAGCGUCUGACGGAACUUGUUUUACAAUGUAGCAGUAAAGCCGCGACGGUCUGGAUCGGAACCCAGAGGACGGGAGUGGACACAAGUAUCCAAAUAUGCGCGUAAUUGGAGAAGGCUGGCGAGGUGUCCCUUGCGAUUGUAGCGCGCCAACUUCGUCGUGAUGUACAAUACUUCAGUGUUUGAUACCACUUCGAACAAGGAAGUUAUCAAUGAAACUCUCAAGCUGGUGGUCACCAUCAGUCCCACGACCGCGUGGGACGAGUCGUGCGCGGAGCAGCGGGUUUUCGGGCGACCGGAGAAGAUCGUGAUCGGGGUGAUGCUCGCGAUCAUCACGGCGGUCACCGUGAUGGGGAACACGCUGGUGGUGAUCGCCGUGUGCGUGGUGAAGAAGCUGAGACAACCCUCCAACUAUCUGCUGGUGUCUCUCGCCGUGGCGGAUCUGUCGGUGGCCAUCGUGGUGAUGCCCUUCGUCAUCGUGACCGACCUCACGGGGGGAAAGUGGCUUUUUGGAGAAGUCUUCUGCAACAUUUUCAUCGGCAUGGACGUGAUGUGCUGCACCGCCUCCAUCAUGACGCUGUGCGUGAUCAGCGUGGACAGAUAUCUGGGGAUCACCAGGCCCCUGACCUACCCGGCUCGGCAGAACGGUCAGCUAAUGGCCAAGAUGAUCCUGGGAGUGUGGCUGGCGUCGGCAUCCAUCACGCUGCCACCUUUCUGCGGCUGGGCCAAGAACGUCCACACAGCCGGCGUGUGCCUCAUUAGCCAGGACUUUGGCUACACCAUCUACUCCACAGCCGUCGCCUUUUACAUCCCCAUGCUCGUCAUGCUGGUCAUGUAUUACAAAAUAUUCAAGGCGGCUCGCAAAAGCGGGGCCAAGCAUCGCUUCACAGACAUUUCGCGGCGCGAGCGGCUAGAAACGGUGGCUAAUGAGGCGCUGCGGAUGCAGGGGCUGAAACCUGCCGGGGUGGCGGAAGAGUGCGCCGCCUUUUCCCGUCUGUUGACCCGUGAACGUAAGAACAUCUCCAUCUUCAAGCGGGAGCAGAAAGCCGCGACCACGUUGGGAGUGAUUGUAGGGGUCUUUGCCGUGUGCUGGCUGCCAUUCUUCAUCCUCUCCACAGCCAGACCCUUUAUCUGCGGCGUGGAGUGCAGCUGUGUGCCCAUCUGGCUGGAGCGCGUGCUUCUGUGGCUGGGAUACGCCAACUCGCUCAUGAACCCAUUCAUCUAUGCGUUCUUCAACAGAGACCUUCGCUCCACUUAUCGUGACCUACUUCGCUGUAGAUAUCGCAACAUCAACAGGCGUCUGUCUGCUGUGGGUGUUCACGAAGCUCUAAAGGUUUAGACUGAGGCAGUUUAUCGUGCAGAUCCCGGGUAUUGGUGAAAGAAUGCCGCAGCCCAGAGGAGAAAAACUCAGAAUAGCUGAAUAGGAAUUGCUGCUGGUGACUCUCUGGCCUCACUGCAAAGGCAAACACAGACAGCAUGAUCACUCUGGUGUAUGUGUGUGUGCGCGCGUGCGUGUGUGUGUGUGGCUCAGCCAUUCUAUUUUGGGAGGGUAAAUCACAGAGCGUGCUUGAUAGGAUAUUCAAGUUGACACCACGUUUGUGUAUAUGACACAAUUCCAUCUUGGCUCCUGGUUUUUGUAAAAGUGGUGCCAAAGAAAACGACAUGGAAACACAUUCAAUCAUCUCGGGGCAUUCAACAAAAAAAGCACACUGAGUAUGUAUAUUAAUAAAUGUCACCUUUUAUCAAAGAAAUUGGAUUGUAUUUUUUUUUUUACCCUGGAGAGUUCUACUGUAGACAUUCCUUGGUGUACAUUUCAUUCAUACAGAAACAGGCUGCGCUCCUGAAUAUAGCUCAAACAGAUUUAAAGGUCUUUGUGACUGGAGUCAGAACAACCAUGCAUUUUUAACCUAUACAAAUGACCAUAUAUCAGUCCCUGCAGGAUUUUUGCAUGCUAUUCUCUUGAUUAUUACAUUAAAAAUGCGAGAUUUAAAAAAAAAAUUGCAGUCAAACUUAAUAAUAAACAUGAUGGUAUAAGGAAAUUUGCUUGUAAAAAAACUAGCCUAAAAAUAUGCUUUAUGAAAAAAGCAAUUAGUAUUUGAAGUGCAAAGAAACACAUUCCCUUCCCCCAUUAUGUAAAUGCUAAAGGAAAAAAAUGAUGAUAAAAUAAGUAGAUCUGAGAGAGAAGCAUUAGUAUAUGAGAGAGUUUUUCAGCGGCUCAUGAAUACUGCGAUCAGAAGUGUCAGAAGCAACCUCAGCAAAGAUGGAUCUCGGGGGCAGCCAUCCGCCUUAUAUAGCGUUCAGGCGUAUAAAAAAAUUGGAAUUUGUACUUUUAUGAAUAGAUUCAGAAUCGUUGUAGUCCGAAUCGUGACCCUUGACCCAAUAUUUAAGGACAAAUGUGAGAGUUUGGCGUCGCACUUGACCUCCUCCGGUGAAUAUGAUGGCGCACAAGGGUUGGCGAAAGGAGACUAAAGUGAGAAAAAAAAUUGCAGUGGUUUUUGGUUGAAACAGUGUUGAUACUUGAAACAUCCGCAUCUCCUGAAGGGACUGAUAGAGGCAACGCACACUCGUUCUAAUUUUAGUGUGUCAAAUCAAUGUGUUAAACAUUUCACUAAAAUGAUGUGGUUAUAAAUGAUAAAGUAACGUCUGGCGACUGGUAGAUGUUAACACCACGCACAUUAGUCCACUUGAGUGUUUUGCACUGUUUUUCGUGUUCGACAUUUGCAAGGAAAUCACGAGCCCCUGAAUUCUCAUGAACCAUGACGGUGUCGUACUCUAGAACGAAUAUGUAGUGACGAAUGACUUUCUACCUCGAAUUUUGAAAAUAGUGCUCAUCUUUCUCCGUGGAGAUGCAAAGCUGUCUUUGUAUCGUUUUGUAAUUAAGAGGGAUUUUUCAGAUGUGAGUCUAUAUUCAGUGUGAUUUCUCUGUUUUAGCCACUUUGUCUUACCC